ACUUAGUAAUAAAUAACAAAAUGGAAGAUAAAACGAGUGACGCGCCAAUAUUCAUAGAAGUGGCUGAGAAUUUGAACAGCAAUGAUGUUGAAUACACAACGGUUGCAUCAAAACGUAUACAGUGUCCGGAGUGUAACCGAUACACGGCCGAAAAUGAGGAACAGUUAAUUCGUCAUAUAAGAAAAAUACACAGAGGAGAAAAUCCGUUCCAAUGCGCGAUGUGCGACUACAGCACAUGCAAUAAGGUACUGUUUGAAGAGCACGUGCGAAUACACCAGGGCAUAAAGCCGUACAAGUGCUCCUUCUGCCCCCACACGAACGUCUCGAAGAAGAAUUUGAAGAAGCACGAACUAAUCCAUCGGCCGGAUAAUCCACUGAAGUGUCCGAAUUGUCCCUACAUCGCGAAACACAGACGGGGCUUAGCGUGUCACAAGAGGAAAUGUCACGUGACGGAUAAAAACGUAACGAAAUGCGUGACCUGCGAUAAAACGUUCGACGAUAAAGAAGCGUUGGGCGUGCACAAGAAGGCACAGAAAAAGUGCGGCGAGUGCAACCACAAGACGUGCACGAAAAAUCUGUUGACAGUUCACAAGAUAAUGGAGCACGGGAAACCGGACAGGAGAUAUAAAAAGGCAAAGAGUGACACGUUUAAAUGCGCCCUCUGUGAUUGGUCGUCGAACAGCAAGCCCAGGAUCCUCUUGCACCUCAUACACCACCCGAACCAAUCGGUUAACGAGAAGGUCAUAGAUAUAUCCAUAUUAAGGACUCACGGUAUCAUGUCGUGAUAAGGGAUAAUCCGCACUAUUAUUUAGAUGUACAAUGUGUCUGUGACGUCACGUAUUAAAUGAUACCCCCUAAUAUGGCGUUUUAAGACUAAAUUUAACAUUAACUUAACAGGACAUUUUUUAUCAUUUAAUUAUUUUACAACAACGUUAUCGGAGAUAUUGUUACUUAAAUACUAAAGGGUCAAUAUCGGCCUAAAUAUGUCAAACGUUGCCGUUCCGAACUAUUCAUUCGAAAAUUAUUAAC